CAAUACAAAUAUAAAUACAGAAUAUUGAUUAUUGUAUAAAUCAUUCGGCUCGGUAUUGCGAAAUAGUAUGAUAUCUAAUAUGAAAAUGAUCUGUUUGUUCUUACUUGUGGUAUUUUGCGGAGCGUUUGCGCAGGAAGGACUACUACAAAAGUUGAAUGUAGAAAACCAGCUGUGUAAAGGGCUGCUGUGUUUGCAAACGCGACCUCCAGCUCCCAGCUACCAGACCAUGGUGAUUUACAACGAGAUCAUGAGGAAGUACUAUGAUGUUGUUAAAAGAUAUUACGAGUACAAGAACAGGAAUAUGAGCACUGUCGGCAUUCAGAACCCGGAGUUCCGCUAUUUCGAGGAGAUGCUGAGCAAAUUGAGCUCCAGUGAGCUGCGCGUGCUCAUGUCACAGUUCGGACAAGGUGGCCUAUUCGGGACAUAGUUAUAGUACACAUCAGCCCAUCUACUGCAAAAUAGAAAUAUAAACACCCCCAACUUCAGCCUGGCAAGAAACACAAUUUCUAGUACCACCAGGAAUCAACCAAUCAGCGGGGGACUAGCUACCAAUUUAUUGAACCAACAUAAUA